AACAGUUCUGUGCUUCUUCUCAAGAAAAGAAAAAAAGAAUAGUUCUGUGCUCAAGGGUUUCGCCGCGAGUGGCGGCGGCCACGAGCACAGGCGACGAGGAGCGGCGGGGAAGAGGAGGCGGACACACGGCGUACGGCGGAUGUUCCGGUGCCUCAGGGGCGUCCGGCAGCGCCUCAGCACCGAUCGCCACCACCACCAGCAGGACAACCGCUGCCAUCUCCGACAGCAAGCCAUGAACAAACCCGCGGAGAACAUCAGCGUGGGCUCUUGUGUCUUCCAAUUCAAAGUAGACUAUGAGCGAAGCAAGCAGAUUCCCGUUGGCACGGCCUUCUAUUCCGACAUCGUCUCCGCCGGGGGACACCUGUGGAGGGUUAAGUUCUUCCCGCGUGGGGAGUUAGAGGCCGACCAGGAGUAUGUUUCCAUCUUCCUCGAGCACAUGAGCAAGUCUAGAAGUGUGGAGGUCAUGUUUGAGGUCUUUAUGAUGGGUAGGGACAGCAAGCCAUGUAUGGCACACAGACGAAGGUUCGUUCGAACCUUGGAAAUCAUGGAAGAUAAAGACAGCAGCGACUGCUGGGGAUGGGGUCAGUUCAUCGAGGGAACUAUAUUGGAGGAAGAUUACUUAACAGAGGGGCAUGUCACAUUUGUAUUUUCCAUCAUGAUCAUCGAUGACAACUGUGUUCUUGUCCCUCCUUCAAACAUCGGGACCCAUCUUGGGCGCGUGCUAGAUCACGCUGAUGGGACAGAUGUGUCGUUCAUUGUUGACAAUGAGACAUUCCAUGCUCACCGAGCAGUGCUUGCUGCCCGCUCCCCGGUCUUCAGAGCAGAGCUCUUCGGCCCCAUGUCUGAGGCUACAAUGCCAUCCAUCACGCUGCACGACAUCACACCUGCAACAUUCAAAAUUAUGCUCCGGUUCAUAUACACAGAUGAACUGCCCCUAGAAGACGAGCUUGAGGACUCUUCCACCGAGAUGUUCCAGAACCUGCUUGCUGCGGCCGAUCUGUAUGCACUGGACAGACUGAAGAUUAUUUGCGCCCAGAAGUUGUGGGAUAAAGUGUCGGUAGAUACAGUUGCAACUAUCUUAGCUUGGGCUGAAACCUACAACUGCCAGGAGUUGAAGAACAGGUGCAUUGACUUCUUUGUGGUGGAGGAAAAUUUCAAGAAGGCCAUAUUCACUGAUGGUUAUGCGUUGCUGGUUCUGAAAUUCCCAGAGAUCAUUGCUGACAUAAAAAAGAGGGUUUAGGAGAUGAACAGUGAGAUAUAUCUCCAUGUAUAUAGUUCAGGUGUUCCAGCGACAGUACUAGAUGUGUUUUGGAACGUGGUGAGUGGUACUCCUUCCGUUCGGAAUUACUUGUCGCGAAAAUGAAUGUAUCUAGACGUAUUUUAAUUCUAGAUACAUCCAUUUUCAAGACAAGUAAUUCCGAACGGAGGGAGUAUGUGGCAACUUCUCAAGCGUACUGGGGCGUACUAAAUUUGUUUCAUGAGCUGGGAGCCUGAUAUUACUGAUCUUCUUAUUAGCAGUAUUGAGCAUAGUUGCUACUGAGUACUAAUGGCGGAGUGGUGGAUGUUCAUCAGAUAUCGGAUACUCGUGCUGAAUGAGCAGCUUG